GUUGAGACACAGCACCACUGUGUGUGUGUGUGUGUGUGUGUGUGUGUGUGUGUAAAAACCAUACCGCGCAUCCAUUCAAACGAGCACGAAGAGAGGAACCUAAGGAGAUGCUCUGAGUAUCAUCCACAACUAUUCAGGUUUGUGAGCAGACCAGUGAAGAGACUGGGAGAGGAGUCAUGGCGGGGGCUAAGAGUUCUCCAGAGGACAGACACUCUUCUCGAGUCAUUCGGGUGGUGUUUUUGGCCCUCUUGCUGGACCUGCUAGGUUUCACCUUAAUACUCCCCCUCCUCCCCUCCAUUUUGGACCACUACAGUCAAACAGGGGAUAGUGUGUACCAGUCACUGCAGAGCAUUGUGGACUGGUUCAGGGAGAUUGUAGGAGUUCCAAUGGAAACGAAGUACAACAGUGUUCUGUUUGGAGGUCUGAUAGGCUCACUCUACUCUCUGCUACAGUUCCUGUCAUCUCCUGUGAUAGGAGCUGUAUCAGAUUAUCAUGGGAGAAGACCACUGCUGCUUUUAACUACUGUGGGGCUGAUUUUCUCCUACAUUCUCUGGGCGGUUUCCCACAGCUUCAGUAUUUUCCUCUUGUCUCGUGUUGUGGGAGGACUAUGUAAGGGUAAUGUGAGCCUCUGCACUGCGGUUGUGGCUGACCUGCCUUGCUCUAAAGCAAGAAGCAAAGGAAUGGCAAUGAUAGGAGUUGCCUUCUCUUUAGGAUUCACUCUUGGCCCAAUAAUGGGAGCAUACUUUGUGCUGAAACUGGCCAAUACUGAGCUUUUCUAUCAGGGCCCUGCUGUACUCGCGGUUGUCUUCUCCACAGCAGACCUGCUCUUCAUCUUCCUCAUGCUGCCAGAGACUUUGCACAAGGACAGCAGAGGUUCCUCAGAUGCCUCUGGUGUUCAGGAGGUCGGGGACCUGCUCAGUCCAGUGGCUCUUUUCAACUUCUCUGCCAUCACAAGAACAAAGGAACCACCAUCAAAACAAAGCAUGAACAAUCUAAAAGUUCUGGGCUGGGUGUACUUCGCAUACCUCUUUCUUUUCUCUGGGUUGGAGUUUACUCUGAGCUUUUUGACCCAUCAGCGCUUUCAGUUCUCCAGCAUGCAACAGGGGAAGAUGUUCUUUUUCAUUGGCAUAACAAUGGCACUGUUCCAGGGUGGAUACGCUCGCAGGAUCCAGCCCAGUCGCCAGAUCAAGACAGUUCGCGUGGCAAUAAUAUUACUAAUUCCUGCGUUCCUGCUCAUUGGCCUUGCACACAAUUUGACAAUGCUCUAUGGCGGCCUGUUUUUGUACUCCUUUGCGGCUGCCAUCGUCGUGCCAUGUCUAUCAGCACAAGUCUCUGGACACGGCACUGCCAGUCAGAAGGGCACAGUGAUGGGGAUCCUCCGAAGCCUGGGAGCCCUGGCCCGAGCACUGGGGCCAAUUCUGGCCUCCUCAGUGUACUGGUUGGCCGGAGCUGAGAUUUGUUUCCUCAUCAGUUCGGCCUGCUUUGUCGCUCCUUUGCUCUUACUGGGAAGACUAGAGAGACAAAAAGAAGAAUAAGAACAAUCACGCUGCCUUUGUUUACAUUCCUAGAAACACCUUUUAUUUUAUUCCAUUCACUUUUUAUUAUGGCGUAUGCAGUUUUUUAUUGAAGGUUUUUAUAUAAAUGUUUAUUCUUUAUAAGGUACUCUUAACAAAACAGUACAACUUGAUGUCUUAAGAUUGUAAUUCAGUAUGACACUUGUAUUUUGUACUCUGAAGUGCAUAAAGGUCAACAAAGCCAACAUGAACAAUUUAUCAUGCUGUCAUCUCAGGCAAAGCAUUGGUAAAUCUACUGAUUAAACAGUAAUUAAAUCAACAGGUUGUACCACAGUAUGUUUUAACACAAAUAUGAAUGAUCAUAUUAGAACACUGGGAGAUUUUGUAUAUUGUAUUUUGUAAAUGUCAAUAAAAUAUUUUUUAAAAAAGG